CGCUGCGAGGCGGCCGGGGACCGUUGGAGCAGGGAGGCUGACGGAGGCGUUUGGGCCGCCCGCGCCUGCGGAGCCGCUGCCGGCGGCGGCUGGAGCACACCAGGACGGUACUUCCCGCCCUCCAGCAUCCCCGGACCGCCGUCCCUGGGAGAGAUUGUCUUUAAAUGCUUAAAGAAACUGAGCCCAGGAAAGUGGAAGUCGUCCUGAGAGACUUCUCAGUGUAAUUCAGAAUGAUUGAAGAGAGUGGGAAGAGGAGGAGGACAAUGGCAGAGAAGAGACAGCUGUUCAUGGAAAUGAGAGCACAGAAUUUUGAUGUCAUCAGACUUUCAACGUAUCGAACAGCCUGCAAGCUGCGCUUUGUACAGAAAAGAUGUAACCUUCAUCUUGUUGAUAUCUGGAAUAUGAUUGAAGCCUUCCGAGAUAAUGGCCUUAACACUUUGGAUCAUAACACAGAGAUCAGCGUGUCUCGACUAGAAACAAUCAUUUCAUCCAUCUACUACCAGCUAAACAAACGCCUUCCUUCUACUCACCAAAUCAGUGUAGAGCAAUCCAUCAGCCUCCUCCUCAACUUCAUGAUAGCAGCAUAUGACAGCGAGGGCCACGGGAAGCUGACAGUGUUUUCAGUGAAAGCUAUGUUAGCAACAAUGUGUGGUGGUAAAAUCCUGGACAAACUGAGAUAUAUUUUCUCUCAAAUAUCUGAUUCAAAUGGACUAAUGAUAUUUACAAAGUUUGAUCAGUUUUUGAAGGAAGUUCUGAAACUCCCAACAGCUGUCUUUGAGGGGCCUUCUUUUGGAUACACAGAGCAUUCUGUACGGACCUGCUUCCCACAACAGAAAAAGAUCAUGCUGAACAUGUUUUUAGACACAUUGAUGGCUGACCCACCUCCUCAGUGCCUUGUGUGGCUGCCUCUCAUGCACAGACUUGCCCAUGUUGAAAAUGUCUUCCAUCCUGUGGAGUGUUCCUACUGCCGGUGCGAGAGCAUGAUGGGCUUCCGGUACCGGUGCCAGCAGUGCCACAACUACCAGCUCUGUCAAAACUGUUUUUGGCGUGGCCAUGCCAAUGGUCCUCACAGCAACCAGCACCAGAUGAAGGAGCAUUCCUCUUGGAAAUCACCUGCAAAGAAGCUGAGCCAUGCAAUUAGUAAAUCUCUUGGUUGUGUACCGAGUCGAGAGCCACCUCGUCCUGUAUUUCCUGAGCAGCCAGAAAAGCCUCUUGAUCUUGCACAUAUAGUUCCUCCUCGGCCUCUGACUAACAUGAAUGACACCAUGGUGACCCACAUGUCCUCUGGAGCACCUACCCCAACAAAAAGGUCACCCCGCAGCCUGGAGGCUGCCAGCCCAGUUGCUGACGAGCACACACUGAUAGCCACCUACGUGAGCCGGCUGCAGAGCGGGGCACGGUUAGUGUUAGGGAAGCGUUCCCGGAGCAGGGACAGCGUCCUGGACAGCCCUGGCCGGCUGGACGAGGAGCACCGGCUGAUUGCCAGAUACGCCGCCCGGCUGGCUGCCGAAGCCGGAAAUGCACCUCGCCCACCUACAGACCUGGGUUUCAGCUUUGAUGCCAACAAACAACAAAGACAGCUGAUUGCAGAGCUGGAAAACAAAAACAGGGAGAUACUCCAGGAAAUUCAGCGUCUCAGGCUGGAACAUGAGCAAGCCUCUCAACCCACUCCUGAGAAAGCCCAGCAGAACCCAACUUUAUUGGCUGAGCUCAGGCUUCUACGACAGAGAAAGGAUGAAUUGGAGCAGAGGAUGUCUGCACUUCAAGAAAGCCGAAGAGAACUGAUGGUGCAGCUGGAAGGGCUGAUGAAACUGCUCAAAGAAGAAGAGCAAAAGCAGGCAGUGCAAGCAGCAGGCUCAGCACACUCCUCGCCCACCCACGGAGCCAUGCCCAUGCCGGUCAGAUCCACCUCUGCAGGCUCUACCCCGACUCAUGGCCCACAGGACUCGCUUGUAGGUGUUGGGGGAGAUGUGCAGGAAGCUUUCACACAAGGUACGAGGAGGAACCUCCGGAACGACCUCCUAGUAGCAGCCGAUUCCAUCACAAACACCAUGUCAUCACUGGUGAAGGAGCUGCAUUCUGCAGAGGAAGAAGAUGAAGAAGAAACAGAAAAAAUGCAGAAUGGAAAGGACCAAGGUUAGGCAGAUGACUGCAGGCUGUACAACAAUCCAGGCAUCCAGGAGGGCUGCGCUUACGACCGAGACUUCUCCCUGUCCUCUGGAAGAGGCACAUUCACCAUCGCGCAACUGUGCUGAGCUCAACAACCUGCUGACCAAAGCGGCUUCCUCCAACCCACCUGGAGGGCUUUCCCCGUGGGCACUUGCCUCUUCGGUCAUUGCAUGUCCUACUUUCCUCCAUCUGUCUACUAAUGAUAACCAAAUCCAUCAAAGUCAGCAGUUUAAGGGAGGUUUAAAUGAAAACAGCACAAAAGGAAAGCUCAUACUCGCAACUCCUGCUCCGUGUCCUGAGCUUCUUUGAUUUCCUCCCAAAUGGUGUCACCGUGGCUUCACACGCAGGUUAUUUCCUCCUAACUUCUCCAUGUGCAUGGGAAAAUGGGUAUGGAGCCUCCCAGGGUCCCUCAUGUGCAUGACACAGAAGGGAAGCAGCCAUCACACACCUGAAAACGCUGCGCUGUCUGCUGCUGGCUGAUUGCCAUCCCGUGGGAUGUUCCCUGUCUGAUCCCAGGGGUACCUGCCAGGGUACCUCACGGAUGGAGGGAUGCCCAAACAGAGGAGCAGCAGUGGUGGGGAUGGGCCACCAGCUCCCUGCCUCCUGGCUCUGCUUCUCUUCAGACUGUUAAAAGGUGUCCCUUUUCAGCAGGGAAUUCAGGGGUGGUCACUGCCAGGCUUAGGUCUGCUUUCAUUUCACAGAAUCCCAGCAUAGUGGACAGAGGGAACCGCUGAGUGUCAUCUACUCCUCCCUCCCUGAUAAAGCAGGGUAACAGAGCACAUUGUUGUGGAUCACAAUGUCCAGCCAGGUUUGGAAUCUCUCAGAGAAGGAGACUCCACAACCUCUCUGGGCAGCCUGGCCAGGGCUCUGGCACUCUCAUAGGAAAGAAGUUUUUCCUCAUGUUCAGGUGGAACCUCCUGGGUUCCAGUUUGUGCCCUUUGCACCUUGUCCACUGAAAAGAGUCUGGCCUCAGGUCUCUCAGUCUUCCCUCAU